AUGGCAAUCUUCAGCGCCGUCCCUCCCCCCGAGGCCAUCGACCACGAGGUCCCCAACACCGUCUCCUCGCCGCCGCCCCAGUCCCAGACUCCGGUCGCCGCCCACAUCGCAGCCCAGAGCGCGACCGCCGGCUCCGUCGAUAUCGAAGCCUGGACUGUCUCCGCCCUCGAGUCCCUGAGCGUCAGCCCCGUUGCCCGCGGCACAGGGACGCCGCUGGCCAUCAACCUCGAUGAGCAGGUCAAGAAGGCCUCUACUGCCGCCGUCACGAUUGCCACCGACAAGACAACGACAACGACUGUACAGCAGACACCUAUCCGGCGGCCGUUGAGCAGGCGGGAUAGUCAGAAGAAAAGGGAACAGCUUCUGAAGGGGAAUGAGGGGAGCAGGGCGCGUCGGCGAUGGGAGAAUGAUCGCCUCAUCGGCGUACCAAACGCGCAGCCGCCCCUUCCAAGCGACUGGGAAGUCCAUCCAACCUACCCGGUCCAAGUCGUCCCCUACCAAGUCGCCCAAUACUGGGAUACCGGUCUCCGCCAGCGCAUCGAAGAGAAGACCGCCAAGCUUCAGGCUCAGCGCAAGAAGCAGCAACGCAAAGACGGGUCCGCGACAGGAUUGUCUGUCGGCGAGGUGCCGCGCGACCUGCGCGACACGGCAAAGCGGACGCCCGCUGUGCGCGGGUGGGUGCGCGUACUCGAAGAACCUGUGCGGAGUUUCUUGAAGGAGCGGAGCGAGGCGAGCGAUGCGGAGGGGGAUAGCGAGGACGAGGAGAUCGUAUUUGUCGGCAGGAAAGGGAUGACUUCUGCGGGCAAAGGGUGGAAGAAGGCUAGGCGGGAGGUGGGGAGCGAGAAGGUUGAUGACGGCAUGGUUUUCGACUCGUUAGGGGAUGAUGAGAGUGCUUCUUUCAAGUAUGGCCCUGCUCCCUUCCCUUUGCGAUGUUUAUUGACCUUGGUGUUUUACAGGCGAUGGUUGACGCAUUCCAUCUCGGAUUACUACGGUCUACAAUCUCACUCCGUCACUACAGGCGAGCCUGCCCGCCGGGUGGUGUACGUGACGGUACGGGAGCAAGGCAAGCGGUCGAGUCCGAAGAAGCAUACAGUCUUACCUCGGCCCUUGUGGGAGAUGUGCUGA